ACCUAAAUAAAGCUCCUGACUGACAAGGCUCUUCCAGGGCCCCCAGGCACACACACUACUAAGCAGAGAAGUGAACUCAUCGAGAGUAAUUCUCCUUCUUUUCCUCUGAAUAAUCCAAUUUGCUGAUCACCGCUCGCCCAAUCGGAGAAUCCCGCAAAGAGAAAGCGUUUAACUCGCAUGACAUUUUUAUUUCGCUUAUUAUCGUCUGUUUUUUUAUGGGUCCCCGUGUGUGCGCAUGAGAGAGCAGCCAGUGCCAGGGCUCUUCCUCCCGGGCAGCUAUGUGACAUGAUUGCUGGGGGAGCAAGCUGCACUCUCACACAGGCUCUCUGCCCAUAGACCGAGCGGCAGAAGGUGGCGAAGUUGCGUGUGCGCAAAGCACGGCGCACCGUCCAAAAGCGCAAGGCGCACCAUCUCCUUCCACUGCCACAGAGAGGGGAGGGGAAGGGGGGGGGGACUGCCAAAAUGCCUGAUGACUCCACGGAGAACCGGAGCUCUCCCCCGGCCAGGGUGUCGUCCUUCUACAUCGAGAAUUUACUGGGGACCGAGACUAAAGAGAAGAAGAGAGCUGGCCCGGAGGAUGGGGCCACCGUGCAGGAAAGUGGGCUAGCCGGCGGCCAUUACCACUCGGUGUGCUGUCAGGUCUCCCCCUAUAACUACAGCUCCCACGGAAGCUACCCACUCAGAGAGAACACCAUGGAGUGGUACAAGAGAGCGCAGGCCACUUACAUAGGAUGCACAAGCCCUGAAACCAGUGACAGAGACUCUCCUGAGAUCCUGGAGAGCGCAGGGAGUCAGUGCAGAGCGCACAGGAAACUCAGUGGAGGCUCAGAGGACAGAGAAGACUUCACAUGCCAGGAGGACCAGAAGGCUGAGCAGGACUCAGAGCAGAAGUCCUCCCGCAAGAAGAAGACCCGCACUGUGUUCAGCAGGAGCCAGGUCUUCCAGCUGGAGUCCACCUUUGACAUGAAGAGGUACCUCAGCAGCUCUGAGAGAGCUGGGCUGGCGGCCUCCCUCCACCUCACAGAGACACAAGUCAAAAUCUGGUUUCAGAACAGGAGGAACAAAUGGAAGAGGCAACUGGCUGCCGACCUGGAGGCUGCCAACAUCUCCCACACCACCCAAAGGAUAGUAAGGGUCCCUAUUCUGUACCAUGAGAACUCUCCCACCAGUGCCCUGGGCUUCAGCCUACCACACCUCUCCCCUCCACUGGUGGGCUUCUCCAGUGCUGUCAGCUACCCCCUAGCCACCUUCCCAAACUCAGUGCCCUUUAUAAGAUCGCAGAUGACCGGGCUGGUCUGAGAACUACAAAGCAAACGGGACUUUUUAAUCCAAAUAUUUUCUAUUUACAACAUAUCGCUACUUACUUACAUCGUUACUUGAUUUUAUGCAUUAACAUUUGAAACGUGCAAUAACGCUGACUUGGGGCUGACUGCAGACAAACAAACAAAAAAGAGGUUGCAAUUAAACUUUUCUCUUUUGUACUUCCAAAGACAUGCUUGUAGUUUUUACUUUCCUUUUCUUUUGUUUCAUUAUUAUAUAUCGUCAAUUCAUUAUUUCCACUUAGUUUGAGGAAUAAACGAUAAAUCAGCUUUUGUACAAUGGCAUUUACCUGGCGCUGGAAAUAAAGAACUUCCCUUAUAGAAAAUAAACAAACAGCUUUAUACUAUUAAAUUAAAUUUUAA